AUGCUCUUGUCGGUCAGGCCCGGUAGCGCCUGCGGUUCAGCCUGCAGUAGCCUACAGGCCAUCGCGCGAGAGAGCUCAACAGGGGUCCUUUCGUCUCCUGCAGCCAGGUCGCAAUAUCUCCGGCGCCUCCCGCAAUGUCGGUCUCCGCAACCACAGGGAACACCAAUCUCCCUCCUACAAGUACAUUCGUUCAGAUCUUUUCAUUCGACCCCGAAACGUGAUAAAACUACUCCGCGAAUAUCAUACCGCGUUGCGGCCUCCUCGUCCGGCAAGAGUCGCCGGUUUCUACCUACCAAGAAUGCGUACAACUUCAACCCUGAGCUUCAUGACGCCCUUGGCGUUGCCCUCGAUACUGAAGAUCCCGCGGUCAAGCGAAAGCGACGGCCGGAUAGCGGAGAGGAUGCCUUUUUCGUGAGUACAGUAGGUCGGCGCGGUUCUUCCGCGGAUAACUCCAUCGCUUUCGCAGUCGCCGAUGGCGUUGGGGGAUGGGCAGAGUCGCGAGUCGAUCCAGCGGACUUUUCGCAUGCUCUAUGCGAUUAUAUGGCCCAGGCAGCGCUGGCUUGGGACGGCCCUGCAGAGCAGCUUCGUGCAAAAGCCCUUCUUCAGGCAGGCUACGACCGCGUUGUCGCAGACGAGAGCAUCCCUGCUGGUGGCAGCACCGCAUCCGUCGGUGUAGGCCUUGAGGACGGCCGUAUUGAACUCGCAAACCUAGGCGACUCAGGUUCUGUUCUCCUCCGCCAGGCUGCAGUCCAUCAUUACUCAACCCCGCAGACACAUGGCUUCAACACACCCUAUCAACUUAGCAUCAUCCCGAAACGCAUGCGCCAACAAGCCUCCAUCUUCGGUGGUGGCUUUCUAGAAGACUUCCCACGCGACGCAAACACCACGACACUGCACAUGCACCAUGGCGAUGUCCUCAUGCUCGCCACAGAUGGCGUGUUUGAUAACCUCAACAACCAAGACAUCCUUAAACUCGUUACCGGCCGCAUGAUCCAUACAGGCGCUUGGUCAGCGUCUACGUCUCCAAAUUCCGGUAUCACUCCGGCAGAGCGCGCAACGCUCGAACGGCUCACCGGUUCCGAAGGCGUCAGUUCCCUUGUUUCUUCAGCAAUGCCAAAAUCAACCCCCAAUAAAUCCGCCACGGCCUCCAAGUCAGACCACACCUAUACCCUCCAAUCCUUGCUUGCGGCGUCCAUCGCAGGCGAAGCGAAACUUGCCAGCAUGGAUCUCCGCCGCGACAGCCCCUUUGCAAAGGAAGCGCAGCGGUAUUACCCGGGGGAUUACUUCCGUGGCGGGAAAGUCGACGAUAUCGCUGUUUUGGUCAUUGUUGCCGUGGAGGAGUAG